UAAGUAGCUAUUCAGUUAAUUGAUUCUCCUCUCAACUUCUUCUGCUUCUCAAAUGGGUUAUCGUGCAGUUGCAGUUUUUACAAUUCUUGCAGUUACAUUUCUCAGUGUUUCUGCUAAACAUGCACAUGUUAAAUCGAACAAAUUAUGCAAUUUAUACGAAGGAGAAUGGGUAUUUGAUAAUUCAUAUCCUCUCUACGAUUCCAACAAGUGUCCAUUCUUGAUACAGCAAUUUAAUUGCUCGGGAAAUGGACGGCCAGAUCGAGGUUAUCAGAAGUAUAGAUGGCAACCCCAUAACUGUAAUCUACCCAGGUGGAAUGGAGAAGAGUUUAUGAGGAGAGUUAGAGGAAAACGCAUGAUGUUCGUGGGAGAUUCGAUAAGCAUGAAUCAAUGGCAAUCUCUGGCUUGCAUGAUUCAUGGUGCCUUCCCACGUGCUGCUCACACGACGCGAAGAUUGGGUCUACUCUCCACUAUUGUUUUCCCGCAAUUCAAUUUCACGCUGAUGUACUCGCGGAAUGCAUUCUUAGUCGACAUUACAAAGGAAAAAUCUAGACGAGUGCUCAAACUCAACAAGAUUGGUGGCAGUGUAAAACAGUGGUUGAGUAGUGACAUUUUGAUCUUUGAUACAUGGCACUGGUGGCUUCAUACCGGAAGAAAACAACCAUGGGAUUUGGUUCAAUAUGGAAAAGUCAGACUCAAAGAUAUGGACAGAAUGGUUGCUUAUGAGAAAGCCUUGAGGACAUUGACACGAUGGAUAGACCAGAGUGUCAACACUAAGAGAGUCAAAAUCUUUUUCCAAGGUGUCUCGCCUGAUCAUUGGAAUGCUACUCAAUGGGGCAAGCCUGAACUACAGAGGUGCAGCGGCGAACGGCAGCCCUUUAGGCCAGAGAUGUAUGGCGGGGGCCGUAACCUACCCGAGAGCAUUUUGGAGAACGUGCUUGGAGCCGUGAGGAAGCCAGUUCACUUGCUCAAAAUUACAGCAUUGUCACAGUUAAGGGUUGAUGGGCACCCCUCAAUUUAUGGCAACCCUAGGAAGAUUGGCAUGGAUUGCACACACUGGUGCCUUCCAGGAAUUCCUGAUGUUUGGAACCAGCUACUUAAAGAAACUCUUAUUAGAUCUUAAUUGAAUUGAUUUUUUUCUUUUUAACACUCAUUUUUCUUUGUUCUCUUUUACUGAUUUUUAAUACUGGUUUCUUUAUAUUUUUAGCGCAUUAUUUCGAUGUUUUUGGCAAAUUCAGACUCUGUUGUGUAGUAAUACUCGAGGUUGAAUAUAUUUUCUCUUGUAAUACUCAAUCUUGAUUGUCAAGAAUGCGAUCGGGGUCAAGUAAUGUUUGCCACUUGGC